AUGUUGUGCCAGUGGUUCCAGAUUCUAACCAUUUUUGCAGCCUUGCUAUGUUUCAGUAUGACUUGCAGCAGGGCGAAUAACAUUUCUGCAACAUUUAUCUUUGGUGAUUCUAUAUCUGAUGUGGGAAAUAAUAACUACAUCAUAACUCUCGCUAAAGCUAACUUUAAGCCAGUCGGUAUUGAUUUUGGAAUGCCCACAGGAAGAUUUACAAAUGGAAGAACCGUUUUUGACAUUAUAGGACAGUCGUUGGGUUUCAAAAAUUUUAUUCCACCGUACCUUGCUUCAACUACCGUCGGUCCAGUGAUUCUGCAAGGUGUAAACUAUGCUUCUGGUGCUGGUGGAAUACUAAAUGAAACGGGUGCAAACUUUGUUGGCAGGAUCUCCAUGGAUGCGCAACUUCACAACUUUGGAAUGACAAAGCGUGACAUAAUCUCGAUAAUAGGCAAAUCUGCAGUGGAUAAGCUCUUAGCUAGUGCCCUCUUUGUAGUGACAGUGGGUUCAAAUGAUUUUGUCAGUAACUACUUUCUACCAAAUGCUUCAAUCCACACCAAAAAACUAUCACCUGAAAAGUUCAUUGGAACCUUAAUUUCAACAUUUAGCUUGCAGCUUACGAGACUUUAUAACAUGGGUGCUCGAAAGAUUAUUGUUUCAAGUGUUCCUCCAAUUGGAUGUUGCCCAAAUCAAAAGGAUUUACACCCAUCUUCUGGUCAAGAGUGUGUAGCUUUUGAAAAUCGCCUAGCACAACAAUACAAUAAGCGAUUGAAAAGAUUGCUCUUGGAACUUACUGCUACACUUGAAGGAUCAAUAUUUGUAUACGUAGACGUCUACCAUAUUUUUGAGAGUAUCAUCCAGAACUAUACAUUAUAUGGUUUUCAAACCAAGGAUAUUGCGUGUUGUGGAAAAUUGGGUUUGCACGAUGGUAUAGUGCCAUGUUUGCCAAAUGCCAAAGUGUGUCUGGAUAGAUCAAAGUACGUUUUCUGGGACCCUUAUCAUGCUACUGAAACUACUAACAUUAUCAUCGCAAAGCGUGUCAUGGAUGGAGAUUCCAAUGAUAUUUCACCAAUUAAUGUGCGAAAGCUUUCACAAAUAUGA